AUGGAUUCCCCGGUCAAGACCAAGUUUCCUACUGCUAGAAUCAAGAGAAUCAUGCAAGCUGAUGAGGAGGUUGGCAAGGUGGCUCAGCAAACCCCCAUUGCCGUCGGGAAGGCCUUGGAGCUAUUUAUGAUCUCUAUGGUUACCAAGAGCGCCGAAGUAGCCAAGGAAAAGGGCCAAAAGCGGGUUACUGCCCAAAUGCUGAAGCAAGUUGUGGAGAUGGACGAGCAGUUUGAUUUCUUGCGCGACAUUGUCGGUAAAGUUGAAGGUGGGGACGAAAAGACCAAGAAUGUCCGGGCCAAAGGCGAAUCGGAUACCGAGGAGGAGGCGCCCGAACCCAAGCGGAGAGGAAGGGGCGCGGGCCGCAGAAAGAAGUCAGAGUAG